AUGGACCCAUUGUUAAUUCGAAAUAUUCCUAAUUCUAGAACUGUUUCCAAGAAAAAACAACAAAUACAAACGUUACAAGACAAACAAAUUCAGUUACCUAAACCUUUACCACUUGGUCUUCUUCAAAAUGAUCGCUCAAUAUUGACAACUAAUGAAUGGACUCUUCUUUCGAAUUUCCUUCAUACAUUUGAUGAACGAAAUAUUUCCAAACAAAUUCAAUGUUCUGUUAAUGAAUUAUCUUCAUUACCUCCGAAAUUAAGAUCGAAAACAUCGGAGCUCACAAAUCUUGUUCGCGAGCUCUAUGGUAGUGUUGGAUCACUUAUCGAGCGUUCACCAGAUUUUUCUUCUUUAUUGGUUCAUGAUCGCCAAGUUCUCACUAAGAAUAAUUUAUACAUAACUGCUAUGGUGAAUGUAUUUUUUUUGUCACGUGAACUAAAUCUAAUUCACAAUAUGACUGUUUUCAAUGCUAGCAAUCAAAUGUGUGGAUCUGAGUUUGUGAUGGAAUGCUGUCGAAUUAUUGCUCGAUAUGAUCCAAAUGGAAGUCUUAUCAAAAUCUUUAUAUUCAUAUUAGCUUUUUCGAGUAAUUGCUCAAUUAUUAAAUAUGAUGAUCAAAUAGAUAUUUCAAUUAUGUCAAGCUCAAUCAAUCUUGUUCGUAUUCAGAAUGAAUAUGUGACUGUGUUAUGGAAAUACUUAGUUUAUUUAUACGGAUUUAAAGAAGCAGUACUUCGCUUUACAUGUCUUGUAAAGAAUGUUUUAGAUUUAGUUAAUAUGUUAAAUCAGACACCUCAAACUGAAACUCGGAACCAUAUGGUAGGUACAAUUGUAACAGAAACAGAACGUAUAUUGGUGAUUGGCCACUGA